AUGGCCAAGCCUAAGCGACAGUCCACUGGCAAAGAUCACCGGUCAGAACAGUUGAACGAACAGUCGCUGUCGAGCUUGACAGCCAAGAUUGAAAAGACCCUAGGCAAACCUAUCAAAGGCGAGGACUCCAAGAAGAACAAGAAGCGGAAACACUCCUCCGACGAACCAUCAGCGAGCCCCCACCAGCGAAAGAAACAAGCCCAGGCGCGUCAGAAGUCGACAAAUGACGGCCAAGAAGCGCCGAUCAAGCCAAGAGGCAAAAAAGGCGGCCCUCUCUCCCGCGAUGAUCUUUUGGAAGAGAUUCGUGCCCUGGGCGGUGACGAAGAAGAUCUGAAACUCAUUGGGGACAUCGAUUCGGACCAGGAGGAUAACGCCGGUGACGCCAGCUCCAGGUCUACCGCCGCUGUUGAUGGAAAGCUCCAGAAUGAGUUGGUUGCUUUCGCAGCUCAGCUCGGUCUUCAACAGUAUCACGAGGAGGCCGCCGCCAACGACGCAGGAGGUGACGACGACGGCGGGGACGACGACAUUGACCAAGAUGAAGACCUACUCGACGGAGACGAGGGACUUUCUGGGGUUGAUGAUGCCAACGACUUGACACCCCCUUCUCCUCAAGAACCUGUCCAUAAAGAGGCCAAGAAUGCGUCCAAGAAGCAGUUCAAAUUCGAGCCUCGUGCGGACUGGCACAGCGCUGAAUUGAGCCAACUUCCCGAACCAACCUCUGCCGAAGUAGACGGCUACCUGGGUGCCAUCAACGCACUGAAAACCCACGCCUUGACACUCCUGGAGGCGGACGCGUCGGCAUAUAACAAGAGCGUCCUGGCAUCAUCCUCCCGAAAGUUUCUAUCUACCAUCAUGUCCUCCGGAACCCUGUCCGAUAAAGUGUCUGCACUUACGUUGGCAAUUCAGGAAUCACCAUUGCAUAAUGUCAAGGCUUUUGAAUCGCUGCUGGGACUUGCAGCAAAAAGAAGUCGUGCUCAGGCAAUUGGAGCGCUCGGCGCGCUGGUCGAUCUCCUCGGGCCCGGUCUCGUUCUACCUCCAAACAGAAGACUGCGGACCUUCCAAACCCAACCAGGCUUGAUCGGGGUUCUGCAACGAUUUUCUGUCAAGAGCUGGAAUCCUAACCAGUCACUGCCUGGUCACCUGACGGAGGCGCACCUCAUCCAAUGGGCAUAUGAAGAUUGGCUGAAGACAUCUUACUUCAGAGUCAUCCAGCUCCUUGAAGUAUGGUGCAAUGAUGAGAUUGAAUACUCUCGUACUCGUUCUCUGGACUUCGUCUAUGGCUUACUCAAGGACAAGCCGGAACAAGAAACAAACUUACUAAGAUUAUUGGUCAACAAACUUGGCGACAAGGAUCGCAAGAUUGCCUCGAGAGUCUCAUAUCUCCUGCUCCAGCUGCAGAAUACUCAUCCUGGAAUGAAGCAAGUGGUCAUCAAGGGCAUUGAGCAAGAAGUUCUGCUUCGGCCUGGCCAGAAUUUCAGGGCAAAGUACCACGCUACGAAUACUCUGAACCAGACGAUCCUAAGCAACCGCGAAGUUGGCACAGCGGAAGCGCUUCUCCGCAUCUACUUCGACAUUUUCGUCACCCUUCUCAAUAGUUCUGCUCUUGGAAAAUCACCUGCUGAAGGCCAACCGGAGCAGUCGACUACAGGAAAAGACUCCAGUGUGACAACAGAGACGGCUGAUAAGCUGGUUACUGCAGUGCUGACAGGUAUCAACCGUGCGGUGCCAUUUGUAGCAGCGCAAGACCCCAUCCUCGAGACCCAGAUGGACACACUUUUCCGCAUUGCGCAUUCUACAAACUUCAACACCAGUAUUCAGGCGCUUAUCCUUAUUCAACAAAUAUCCGUGUCAAGGCAGCUGGCGUCCGACAGGUUCUAUAGGACAUUGUACGAGUCCCUACUGGACCCGCGACUCGCCAACUCGUCAAAGCAGGCUCUUUAUCUAAACCUGUUGCUAAGGUCUUUGAAGGCCGACGUUGACACGCGACGGAUAAAGGCUUUUGCCAAGAGGAUGUUACAGAUUCUCAACAUGCACCAACCAGCCUUUGCCUGUGGUCUGUUAUACGUGGUAUUCCAGCUGCGCGUUCAGUUCCCGGAUCUCAGGGCACUCCUGGAGGAGCCAGAGGAGAACGAUGUUGAAGAAACAGCUGGUCAACUUCUGGACCAAGAGCAAAACAGAUCUAUCUCUAGAGGAACAGCGUACGACGGCCGCAAGCGGAACCCGGAGCACAGCAAUGCGCAAAAUAGUUGUCUCUGGGAAAUGAUUCCUCCCCUUACCCACUUCCACCCAUCCGUGUCAUUGCUCGCUGCCAGCCUGUUCUCGGACGAGAAGCAAAUGGCCAAACCGGAUCUGGAGAGUCACAGCCUGAUUCGCUUCCUUGACAAGUUUGUGUACCGCAGUCCCAAAGUGGCAGAGACUGUCCGAGGAGCGUCCAUCAUGCAGCCAGUACGCAAUCCAGACUCUGGCAGCAUCUGGCUUGCCAAGAGGACCGGCUCGGCAGCUGCUGCGCCCAUCAAUACACCCAGCUUCUGGAACAAGAAGGUCGAGCAGGUUGCAGCGGAGGACAUCUUCUUCCACGAAUACUUUAAACAGGCGGGCAAGAAGAAUGAGACAGGCAAAAAGGAGGCCACAUCGUCCGCACCCAUGGCCGACAAGCCCGAAGAUGACGCCGAGCAGGAGGACGAGAUAUGGAAGGCACUCACUGCGUCGCACCCCGACGGUCCAAUUGACAGCGACGAAUCUGACCUGGACAUGGAUGGCUUUGACGACAGUGAUGCAGAUUCCGAUGGUGGCGUCAUAUUCUCUGACGGCUCCGAUGCCGAACUGUCUGACGGCGCCGAGGUUAAUGAGGAUGCGGAAGAACUCGAGGACAAGGAGGAUGGUGACGACGAUGAGAUGGACGAAAGAGAUGAGGCAUCUGAACUCACUGCGCUUCCCGAAGAAGCCGAGGAGGCGAGCGAGAAGAGCAAACGUGCUGGCCGGUCAUCGAAGAGGAAACUGAAGGAUCUGCCCAUGUUCGCCUCGGCUGAUGAUUACGCCGAGCUGUUGGCUCAGGAGGAAGACGUUUGA